GCCAAAUAAGGACUACAUAUCCCAAGGUGCAUUGCGCUUGAUGAGGGGCGGAGUUUAGUGUCGACCUUGUAGUUUGACGUACGGCAGCAUGGCGAGCAAGGAGCCUAAUCGCUUAUUCCAGCAGCUGAGGGAUGUGGCAGGUCGGAUGUCUUCAACUGGUGGACGAGGAGCAGGAUUAGGACUGAAGCUGCUGCUUGGAGCUGGUGCUUUGGCAUAUGGCGUCAAAGAAGCCACCUACACAGUGGAAGGUGGUCACAGAGCCAUCGUCUUCAACAGGGUUGGAGGCAUGCAGAUGGACACUGUUCUGGCUGAGGGGCUGCAUUUCAGAAUCCCCUGGUUCCAGUACCCUAUUAUCUAUGAUAUCAGAGCCAAACCCAGGAAGAUAUCCUCUUUGACUGGCAGCAAAGAUCUGCAGAUGGUCAGCAUAGCAGUGCGUGUGUUGUCCAGGCCCAUGGCGUCCAACCUGCCGAUCAUGUACCAGCAGUUGGGGAAAGACUAUGACGAGCGAGUCCUGCCCUCCAUUGUCAACGAGGUCCUGAAGUCUGUGGUGGCAAAGUUUAACGCCUCACAGCUCAUCACACAGAGAGCACAGGUGUCCCUGCUGGUGCGCAGGGAGCUGUAUGACAGAGCCAAAGACUUCAACAUCAUUCUUGACGAUGUAUCCAUCACUGAGCUGAGCUUCAGCAGCCAGUACACUGCUGCUGUGGAGGCAAAGCAAGUUGCCCAGCAAGAGGCCCAGAGAGCUCAGUUCUAUGUGGAGAAAGCCAAACAGGAUCAGAGACAGAAGAUCAUCCAGGCUGAGGGAGAGGCUGAAGCUGCCAAAAUGUUGGGACAAGCAGUGACCAAGAACCCGGGUUACCUGAAGCUGAGGAGAAUUAGAGCAGCACAGAGCAUCGCUAAGUCAGUGGCAACAUCGCAGAACAAGGUGUACCUUAAUGCUGACAGUUUGAUCCUGAACCUACAAGACAAGGCAUCUUUUAACAACUUGUCACUGGACUAAAAGAUGUGAUGAAGUGGAUGUGUAGAGAGGAAGCAGAACUUUCUCCGUGGUCAGCCUCAUCCAAACAGUCUCGCAUUUGCUUUUAGGAACAGAGAAUCAACACGAGACUGGAGAAGUCUGAAAGUGGACAACAAGAAAAAAGCUAUUUUGUUUUGUCAUCUAUUUUUUUUUUUUUACCUCCCUAAGACUUUUGCAAGCACCCUGCAUUAUAUUUCAAGUUCUGUCCAUUAAUUAUUUAACUGAAAUUACACCAUUAUAUAUUAUUUUUUUUUUGCAUUCUUCAAAGUGAUCAAUUCAGACAAUUGUUUGGCAAAAACAGGUUGUCCUUCUCAUCGUCUGAUAAUCGCUAAGUGAUCAAAUGAUUUUCAGUAGAAGUGCAACAAUUAUUAAAAAUAAUAAAGGAAAUCAGUGUCUUCUGUUAGUAAGAACUUGUGUCCAAAAUGACAAAGGGUCCGAUGAGUACCUUCUCUCCUGUUUUCAUCUGCCACAGCUAGUCCUGAUCUUUCUCUGCUCUACACAUCUCAUCAGAAAUGUUCCAGUCUUCUUCCUGUAAGUCUUUGCAGCUCUGACACUGUUUGUCAGGGCCACAUCUCCACAUUGGUCGAGCAGGUGUUCCAGAUGUUAUAGUAAACCUGAUCAUAUACAGCCACCAGUGUUGGCAGAUAAGUCAAUGCUAAUUUAUCUGUCAAUAAACUUUUGUUUUAGGUA